UUCCAUAUGAACAAAUAAUCUGUGCCUGUGCCCUGCUGAAUGAAAACAAUGUGUUUCAUUUCGUUUCACGAUCAGCUUCAACACCUAUUUCCUGUAAUAUUUUACUAAGAAUGGAAGAAUCGCUAUCAGAAGGCGGGGAUGAGGAAUUGCUGAUGCUUUAUCAUUUAGUUUACUCCACCGUCUCGUUUAUCUUUGGAAUUGCAGUACUCGUCAAGUACUUCCGCAAUGAGCUCCGUUUGGGCGUCCGAUGUGUUUACGCACUGCUAGUUUUAUUUGCCGGGGAACCAGUCUGUCAUUUCGCAAUAGGGAGUCAUCUUGGUGUUAUUAUAUUUAUUUUAUUUUGUAUUGUAACGUACGUAACGCUUCCAGCUAAUCACCUUGAAAUCAACCACAAAGCAGUACUAGUAACAGGCUGUGACAGUGGUUUAGGUCUUGCAUUAGCUCAGUAUUUAGACAAAAGAGGCUUUGAUGUUUUUGCUGGAAUUCUCCAUAAAGGUGGCCAUGGCGAGGUCCUGUUGAAUGCUAGUUGUUCUACUAGAUUGACAACACUACAACUAGAUGUAACCAAAAAAGAUCAAAUACAGCAGGCUUUCCAGACUGUUCAGCGAAAAUUAGGCGGGCAAGGGCUAUGGGGACUUGUAAAUAAUGCCGGUGUAUUUUCAUUUAUGGACAUUGAAUUGACACCUCUAAGUAUUUACCAACAAUUACUUGACGUCAACUGCCUCGCUGUUGUACAGAUGACUAAAACAUUCUUACCACUCAUUAGAAAAGUCCAAGGAAGAGUUGUUAAUAUUUCCAGUACAUACGGAAGAGUACCUUUAAUGGGCUUAAGUGCAUAUAAUAUUUCCAAAGCAGGUGUUGAAAUUUUUACUGAUGUGUUAAGACAAGAAAUGAAGAAAUGGGGAAUUAAAGUAUCCUUGGUAGAGCCCUAUGGAUUUCUUACAUCAAUUAUAUCAAGAGACAAAAUGGAUUGUGUGUACCAUAGUAUGAUGGACAACCUCACUCCAGAGCUGUUACAGUUGUAUGGUACAAGUUAUUUUGAAACGUACAAAAAGGAGAUCGUUGAGCAUGAAGGAAGAACAUUGCAUUGUUCUGAAUCAUUGACGGAAGAUUGUCAGUUUCUCUGUCGUUGUGUUCGUGAUGCACUCCUCUCACGGUGGCCACAAGCGAGGUAUCCAGAGGGCCCCGGAGCCCGGAUUCUUAUGCUUUUAUCCGAUCACUUACCGACUGCCAUGUUGGAUUUGUUUCUACCACAUAUUUUACCGGACUGGGCCAAAAUUAAACCUGAUGUUUCACAGUCAAGUUCAAAUAUGCAGUAUUAACCUACUGUGUAUAUAGUUAUUGUGAAAAUUAGUGUGAAUCACAAUUUGGUUUAUUCAUUACAAACAUUUUUACUUUUAACUUUUUUUUUAAAUAUUUCGUGCUGGCAUAUUUAAUCUUAAAUAACAACAAUAAGUAAAAUUAGUAUAAAUAAUUGCAUUUUAUCAAUCUGAGAAGUGUGUUAUGUCUCUUGACAGAAAUAUUUUGAAAAAUAAACCACUUUUAGUGUGGUUGGCACAAAAUUGUUUGAAAUUUCAUAAAAUAUUGCCAAGAAAUGGGAACUGAGAUUUUGAGUCAACCUCCGACCUCCAACCUCCAACCUCCUCACAUGAAACCAAAAUAUUGUUUGGCACAAUUUCACAUAUGUCCUAAUCUGCAGUGUCAACUUAUUUGUCAGUCAAGAUAACUAUGUCACAGAAUAAAAUAUUAUU